CUCAAAGCAUCACUACAAUCGUGGAUGCAGACAGUGAUAUGCUGCGGAAAGACUAUUGAUGCUCUUGGUAGUAAGAUUGUCCCUUGUAUAGAUACGAUUGAGAGGUAAUGGACGAGUCUCGGCCUACACAGCCCACGCCGCCGGGGUCAAAGCGGCCCACGGCCUGCGUGCAAUGCCAGAAGCACAAGGUCCGAUGCGUGUUACCGGGCAGAAAACCGCCAUGCCAUCGAUGCCUGGGGAAGCGCCUGCCAUGUGUAUUCAAGAAGGAUCCAACAUAUCCGCUGCCAUCCUCUGAGAAUAGGUUACUGAGCGCCCUACUAGCUGACUUGGAAACCCUCCAAUCUGCCGUGAAUGAGCUACGUGCGGCUGGUGACCUCCCAGAUUUGCCGGCGUUGCAGUCUACAGCCGCGUUGGGGGGAUUACGAUCAGGUUCAAAGCUGCCAGAGGAUUCUCGAUGCGAGGAGCAAUAUAUUUCAGGUGCUGCGAGCGCCGAACUGAUAGACAAACACCCCGAAGCACCAAGUCGAGAUGAGACCACCGCGACGCAACCACCCAUCCAGUCCCUGUAUCAGAUUACGCACCUGCGAAGUCUACGAUCGCAGGGACUGGUAUCUACGGAUGAGACGACACACCAUGGCCACGAGGCGGACGACUUGAUAUCGCGAAAGACGCUAAGUAUGGCCGAUGCGAAAAUGCUGGUUAACCGCUAUUUGAGAAAGACGGACCAUUACCUCUACGGGAUAGCCAGCGAGUAUAAAAACCUGAAGGAGAUACGACAGGCGUCGCCACUGCUUCUAACAGCAAUUCUGACAGUAGAGGCGCUGCAGAGGUCUGAAAGUGAGCAGUUAUACCGCGUCUGCUAUGCGGAAUUCCGAAACCUCAUGGCGGAUUUUCUCUUCUCUCAUUCGAUUUCUUUGGAGGACCUUCGAGGCCUGUGCAUUGCCUGCUUCUGGCUAAGCGAUAUAUCGUGGUCAAUAUCAAGCGUCGCGAUCCGUCGUGCGGUCGAGCUGGAGCUCCACAAGUCUUUCCCAAUGGCCAUUGACGCGCUCAAAAGCCAACAACAGUCACCGGAUACUCUUGAUUCUCGGACUAAGAAACUAGUCGACAGUGUACGAAUAUGGCAUCUCCUAUACAUAUGCGAUCAACAUUUGGCGAUCCUUUAUGGCCGGCCCCAUAUAAUGCGAGAAGACGAAGGGAUUCAAAACUGGGCUCUUUAUCUCGCUAUUCACCGCAACCCGACAGACAUCCGAAUCCUCAGCCAGGUGGCCCUGCUUCAGAUCCUGCGAUCUGUCUCGGAGACAUUUGGCCAGGAUUCAAAGCGGCGUGUACCCGUCCUCCUCAAACCGCAAUUGGAUGCGUUCUUGCAGCAGAUUGAUCAGUGGGUUAAUCAUUGGCUGGGUAUUAGCCAGGACCACCCGAUUAUAGGCGCAUACCCAAGCAAAGCAAUUAUGCUCCACCACCACUUCUCCAAGCUCCUCGUCUCGUCGCACGUCUUCCGCGGAAUUGGCCGCUAUCCGAUUCAAGAUCCCCUCCCCGUUGAAUUUCAAGGCCUAGCCUCGGUAGCAAUCGACUCGGCAAGGGCGGUGCUAGAAACGACCGUCACGGACCCAGAUAUCCUCGACGCCUUUGUGGGCAUCCCGCACUACUACCAGACGAUGAUUGCGUUUGCCUGUUCGUUCCUACUGAAGACGGCCAAGGUUUAUCGACACCAAGUUUCUCUCAAUAGUACAUCUGUCAUUGGCGCGAUCACGCCCGUGAUUGAUCUCUGUCUUGGCGCGAAUUGCACUUCGUACCAUCUCGCUCAUUGGAUUGGGCGUGGGCUUCGCACGCUGCUUAAUGAUUAUAUCAAAUGGUUGGAGCACGAGGGCGCGAGGGAUCAGGGCUUGGACCCUAGAUCUCAAGGGCAAUCUCGGAAUCUACCAGCCGCUCGCUCGACAAGCGCGCACAUGGACGUUGAUGGUAGCAAUGGCGCUUGGGGACCGAUCCUGCCCAAUGACUACGGCGAGAACUUGUUAUCGUCGACCCUGUACGAAUCUGUGCAGCCGGACCUGGAGACCAACAUGUUUGGCUUCCCGUGGGACCCGUCGAUAUCGUUUGCCUCGCUUGAGCAUAUGGGGCUGGGGCUGCUGUAAUACUAGUACCGGCAUCCCCGGGUUAGUCAAGUAGGCAUAAACCUGGCCCUGCCUUGUAACUUGCGGCUUUAUAGUUGGCUGGUUCUGUACAUUUCGAUUAGGGUAUAAAGCAAAGAGGAGUAACCCUUUAAUUUCCUUCCGACGGCAAACGUCUCUUAUUCUAUUUCCUGAUCUAAUAAAGC